AUGUCGUUUACUAUUCCUACUGGUCAAAAAUUCGAUUCCGCUGAGGAUAUUGAACCACUGCUUGCAGACCUUAAAGAUGGCGUCAAAGUCGCUAACUUUGGUGGUAGUUCAUAUGGUGUUGAUGCCUGUGCUGCGGUUGCAAACAAACUCAAGACCGUCAAAUCUCUUGAGGUUGCAAAUCUCGACGAUAUGUUCACCGGUCGCCUAAGUUCUGAGAUCCCUCAAUCAAUGGACGAUCUCCUGUCGGCAAUUGUAGAGCUUCCUAAUGUUCACACUGUUAAUUUGUGUGAUAACGCGUUCGGUAUUGCCACCAUUGAACCUCUAGAGAAGUUUUUGGCUGCUCACGUGCCUCUCGAGCACCUCCACCUCGCAAACAACGGAUUCGGUCCUGAAGCUGGAUCUCGGGUCGGAAAGGCUCUUGAGCACCUUGCAGAAAAGAAAAAGGCCGCGAACCACCCUGCCAAGUUGCGUACAGUUAUUUGUGGUCGUAACCGUUUGGAGAAUGGAUCCAUGGCUGCUUGGGCUAAAUUCAUCAAGGCUCAUGGCACCAUUGAGGAGAUUCGUCUCUACCAGAACGGUAUUCGCCAAGAAGGUAUUGAGCUUCUUAUGCUGAGUGGCCUGGCACAUGCCCCCGAGCUGAAGAAGCUUGAUUUGCAAGAUAACACUUUCACAAAAAAGGGCUCAGUUGCCAUGGCCCAGGUCAUUAGCAAAUGGCCUCAGAUUGAAGAAAUCACCGUCAGCGAUUGUCUUCUCUCAGCCAAGGGAAGUGCGCAUCUCGCCCAGGUCAUGAAAAAGAGUGACAAUCUCAAAGGUUUGCGACGACUCCGUCUCCAGUACAAUGAAAUCAAUGAGAAAGGUCUUGAGCAUCUCGUGGAUGCUAUUGAGUCUUCUAUGCCUGAGCUUGAGCUCCUUGAACUUAACGGUAACUGCUUCAGUGAGGAUCACGACCUUGUUGACAAGCUGCAGACCCUGUUUGAGGAGCGGGGAACCGGUGAGCUCGAUGAACUCGACGACAUGGAGGAGGAAGACAGUGACGCCGAAGAAGAAAGCGACAUUGAACUUAAUCACGAGCUCGAGGCUGGAUCACGGGAUGCUGCUUAUGCUGAGGAUGAGCCAGUCGCCGCUGAAAAGUCCGCUGAGGUUGACCAGCUUGCUGAUGAACUCGCCAAGUCGACUAUUUAA